AUGGCGGAGUUGCAGCACUCGAGCUUUGUCGGGAGCCGACCUCUUCGUCUCUGCUUCGUGCCGGAGGUGCCAGAGAUGAGGACUCGUCAUCGCCUCACGUACACGAUCACUCACCUAACGGCGGAGACGACGAAGAUGGUCGACCACGUCAUCCUUCGAGAGAUCGAGGACCGUCCGAUCGGGUUGUAA